AUGCGUAUUCUGUGGUCGUCUUAUGUAUCCCAAAUAUGCGAAUGGUUGUCUUAUGAUCCAAAUUUUUUAUAUCCACUUUUACAAGCUUACUCUGAAUCAAAUCCUGAAUCACUAUUGAUCUUUCAUGUUAAUCUUCCAAAACAUAUUGCAAUAUGUUUAUCUUGUAAAAAACCUACAAGAAGAAAUUCAGGACAUAGCGCAAUAUAUACAGAAUAUAAAUCUCUAACUGGAACAAUGAAUUUUUCAAAAAACAUGCGUUCUUUGAUAUUAUAUUCUGAAAUGAUUGGUGCCUGCCUAUCUUGA